CAAGGCUGGAAUAAAUAAAAUCAGCUUAUGUUGAGGUCACUAGCACCUGAUAUCAUAUGAAAUAUAGGAUGAUGUGUAAUAGAGUGUUUGUAAAACGAAAAAAGUCGAAGAUAUCGUGUUAAAUAUUAGUUUGAAGUUAAUUACAUUUGUAUUUAUUGACUGAUUGAGUUUUUUUUUUAAAUUUAAUUUCAAACAAAAACACACUACUUGAGUAAAUGUACUCUGUUCCACACUGUACAUGGUGGACUCAAUACUGUGGAUCAACUUUUAUUUUAUUUCUUUAUUGCUGAUUAAAUAAAUUGAUUAGAAGUGACGUCAGGAAGUCUGCACAGUAUCUAGUAACUCAAGUAAUCAGAUUAAUGUAGUAAAAAGUACAAUAUUUGCCUCCAGAAUGUAGUGAAGUAUAUUUGUACUUUUCUUGAGUAUUUCCAGUUUCUGAUACUUUAUACUUCCCCUUCACGACAGUCUGGAGGCAAAUGUUCUAUUUUUUUACUCCACUUUAUGUAUUUAAGUAGAAUAUUUUCCUGUAAAAUGAAGUGGAGUGGGAGUAUAAAGUAUAUUAUACGCAUUACACGAAUAUUGUACCUUUUGCUCCACUAUAUUUAUCUGAUUACUGCAGUAACUAGUUACUGUGCUCAUCAUGUUAUCUGGCAGUAUUUGCAUGUUGUGGUACUCGAGUAAACAGGAGUAACGGAGGUGUUCCUCCCCCAGCAGCAGCGGUGCAGCAGCAGCAGCCCGGCUCGGUCCUCCUGGGCUCUGCGUGGUGCUGUCUCGCCUCUGCCCUCUUAUGAAAACUGCCUUCCAUUGCACUCCUCCAGCAGCGGACUAACCAGGCCCCUCGCAGCCGCUGCACGGUGGCCCCGAGCCGGGCUGAUUCCCACCGCAGAGCCGACAGGUGUGACGGCGGUGGUUCACCGGAGACCAGGAGUCCCCCUCCCGGAGCCUCGGUGCCGGAUUUACGCUGCGCUCCGCGGGGAGAGCCCGGACUGUGAUGAUCCCCGAACCGAAGUGCGACACACACAGCAGCCCGUGCGCAUCGUAACCGGGCCCGACCCGCAUCGCAACUUUGCGUUUGUGCGUCCCUGCAGGGGCUGAAGGCUCCGAGCGGAGGGGAGGCUGCCGGGUUAUUGUCUGGGGGGGAGGGAGGGAGACACGGAGGGAGGGAGGGAGGGCGACGCGCACUCCAGCACAGCUCCUGCGCUGUCAGACGAGGAAGUGAGGCUUCACACACGCCCCAUUUCAGCCUGUCGACCCCGCUGAAGCAGCCCAGAGCCGCUCAUCAGACACCAGCAGCACACUUCACCAACAUGCGGCCGCUGUCGGAUGGACCUCACCGGGGCUGAGCUGCAGGACGACGCCGAUCUCAGAGGUGUGUUACAGUGUUGAAGGAUGGACCGGGAGCUGCUUCGUCAGAGCCAAUCAGAGCACGGAGAGGCCACCAAUGGGAGCAGCCCUCAGACUUCUACCGCCACGUCCGACGCCACCACCCCCACCACCCCCACCACCCCCACCCCUCCUCGGCUCACGCCCAACCCCAUGCUCCUGGACUCCCCCGCGCCCACGCUGACUCCCACCACCUCCUCCCCUCCUCCCCCUCUCACCCCUGCUCCCUCCGUCUCAGCGGCCCAUGGUCCGAAGAUGGCGGCGGCGACGGCUGGCGCUCCGUCCCCUCACAUCCUCGUCCCUGCUCCACCUAAACUCACCUCCACCGCAACCCCCGCCCUCCGCACGUACUCUCGCCCGAUCCUUCCCUCCCCGACGGGCGUCUCCAAACCAUCUCCUCCCACACAAACCUCCACCUCCACCUCUCUGCUCCCUCCUUCCUCCACCUCUUCUUCUUCAUCUCCUGUUGUAGCCAGCACCACCUCGCCCCUUCUCUCCUCUUCCUCUUCUUCGUCUUCUUCUUCUUCUUCUUCUUCUGCAACGCACAGCAGCACCACCACAUCAACCAAGACCUCCACCAGCCUGACCAAUGGGAACACAAGGCCGGUAUCAACGCCGACCUCCACGCCCAUCACGCCCUUCCACACACCAGCCAGUCCACCUGGCAGACAGGUACCACAGGCUCAUCCUGCAGGCACACCUGGUCUUGUGCGAGCCAAUCAGAGCCUCUCCCCCAUCAGACAGAGGGUAUCCCAGCAGACUUUGCUCCUAGGGAAAGGUCUCAAAGGGUCUGGACAAGACCAGGUGCUGCUGAGAGCUCAGAUGCUGAUUCUUACGUCUGCUAUGCGACCUGCCUUGUCCUCCUCUUCCUCCUCUUCCUCCUCCUCCUCUCCCACUUCCUCUAACCCCGCCUCCGCUCAGCUCCAGAGUCUCACCCUGAGGCCUCCUCCCCCAGGAGCCCUCACCAUCCCCCCCUCCCUCCGCCUCAAGCCCUCCUCCACAGCCCCGCCCCCGCUCUCUCGCCCUCACGCCCCCCUCUUCCCCCCUCUCAGGCCGCGACCGCAGCCCAGCACCACGGCAACGGAGAGCCCGACCACGCCCACCCGCCACCUCGCCGUCCCACCUCCAACUCUGUACUCUCCGGUCCGAGCCGUCCCUCUGCGGCCCAGACUUCACUCUCCAAACGGGCACAGAGCGGCGUCGCCGAGGCCGACCUCCGCCCUCCAGCCCAUCGCCGCUGCUCCCAGCAGCCACGCCUGCCCCAUCAGCAGGCCGCUGGCCGGGCUGAAGACGAUGCUCGGGCCCAGCCAAUCGCAGCACAGCUCCUUACCUGUGACCAACCCCAUGUCUGUUUCCUCACAUCUGGAGCGCUCGCCCUCGGCAGCGAGGCAGCUGCAGAUCAUCGCUCUGUCUUCGGGCCGCCAGCCGCAACCCGGCACGUUCACCCACGCUGUGCAGCCGGCGCGUCCGGUUGUAGAGCCACCCGAGCUGUCCAGCCAAUCAAAGAGGAGCGGUGAGGACACGCCUCCUGUCCCUCUCAACCCCACAUUGCCAAAAACCACCUCCCCUCUGCCGUCGCCUCCGUCUCUCCUGAGUCCAACAUCCCCUCCGAGUCAGGCUGGUCCUCAAACUCAGACUGUGACACAGAAAGUGGAGGCGAAGCCGAGCGAGGAGCAGCGAGACAGAGGACGAGGGCUGAGACCAGGAGGCCGGGAGGAGGGGAGCGUUAAAGACACGGCGCUGGAGAAGGAUGACCAAAGACUGAAGGUGAAGGAGGAGAAACUGUCACCGGAGAGAGAAGUAGACCCCGUCAGUCAGAAGGAGCAGGAAGUGGAAACAGUCAGAGAGGAAGAACAGAUGGAGGUGAUAGAGGAGGGCCAGAGGGACCGAGAGAGGGCACAGGAGAAAAAGAUGGAGGACGAGGAGGAAGGAGAGACCGCUAUGGACCAGUCUGAGAACUUGACGGGUCAGAUUCUGCAUCAGUACCGGAACAGGGAUCCCACCCCAACACCUGAGGCCGUUAAAGACUCCCCCGUGGAACCAAAACCAGUCCUGGGUCUCAUUUCAGCCCCAGUUCCUGCACCAGUUCCUGUCCCAGUACCAGCUCCAGUCCCGGAGGUGCCGGUCCAGAGUCAGAGGCUGCCGGAGUCUAAUCGGGACCUGCAGCCGGUCAGCCAGGAGGACUUCUGUGAGAACAUGUCCACACAGUCUGACAACCAGUCAGCCUUGUCCAGCCUCUCCUCCCAGUCUCCCCCCUCCUCACCCUUCAUCACCCCUUCGGCAGAAAACCCUCCUCCCCUCCUGCCUGCUCAGCCCGCCCACCCGACCGACCUCAGCCUCUCGCCGCACGAGACGGAGAAGGUCGACAAGACGGCGGCGGGCGAGUCGCAGCACCUGGCCGGGAUCGAGACAGAGACGGAGACGGAGCCCCUCGGCCAAUCGGAAGACGAUUUAGAGGGCUUCGGCCAAUCGCUGAUCAGCCACUGGGAGCCGAGGGUGUGGCCUGAGGGACGACAGGUUCUGACUCACCUGGUGGAGGGAUUCGUCAUCCAGGAGGGGCUCCAACCGUUUCCUGUGAACCGCUCGUCCCUGCUGGUUCCGGAGCAGGUGACCAAACCGCAGCAAGUCAACGGGACCAAUGGGAAGGCGGCGCUGCCUGUGACGGACGCGACCAAACAACCUGAACACUCGACCGACUCGGAGCAGGAGGAGGCCGGAGACACCGACGACCCCGGGAACAGGUCGGCCCACAGGGACCGGACGGUGCUGCACUGUCAGUUCUGUGGGAAGCGAGGCCACGCACACAACUUCAUGCGGUCCAAACGCUUCUGCUCCACUUCCUGUGCUCGCGGGUUCAACGUUCGCCUGACGAAGCGUCUGCGGGCGCUGAGUGCGGGCAGCCGCUCUGAGAGGCCCCGCCCAGCUCUGAACAGGGCGGAGUCUGUUCCUGGGAAGCCUCUGUUACUGCGGCUGCCUCGUGAUCUCUGGAGUGCCGGACGGCGAGAGAAGGAGGGGAAGGAGAAGGUGGCGGCGGCAGAAGAAGAAGAGGAGGAGGAGGAAGAGGAAGAAGAGGGGGAGGAAGAGGAGGACAUGGAUGGAGGGGGAGAGGAGGAAGACGAUGACGGUGGAGAGGAGGAUCCCGCCGUUGCCAUGACAGCCAGGAUGGAGCGACGGGCUGCCCGGAGAGCGAGGAGGGCGUCGGCUCCCGCUCUGACCACCUCUACGCCCACGACCACCUUCAAACCCGCCCCGUCGCAGUGGAGCGUGGAGGAAGUGACGGCCUUCAUACACACACUGCCAGGCUGCAGUGACGUGGCCGAGGCGUUCCGGCUGCAGGAGAUCGACGGCCAGGCUCUGCUGCUGCUGACCGAGGACCAUCUGAUGACCAGCAUGAACAUCAAACUGGGGCCGGCGCUGAAGAUCUGCGCUCACAUCAACUCCCUGAAGAACCAGUGAGGGCGACAAAACCAGACCGAGGAGCGGAAGUCAGGAGAAAACGAGGAAAAGACAGGCAAUAAAGAAGUGAGGAGAGAAAAACGGAGGAAGAUCACGGAUAGAGGAGAAAACAAAAGCUAACACCAAGGAUGACAGAACAAAGUCACAAAAAGAGAUUCACGGUAAUUUAUGAGAUUAUAAAUCGAGGUGUGGCCUUAGUCGGGAGCAGAGGAGCUGAGCAGGAGACGCCAGAAGUCCAGAAGAAGUUUCAUCCGUCGUGGACCCUCUGACUGUAGCAGGAGAGCGUAGCGGGGGGGUUUUGUAACUUUGUGUACAUUUUACAUGCAGCUGGUGUAAAUUUGAAGCUAUUUCAUGAAGGAUUUUGAACAUUUAAUAUAUAAAAUUUGUCUAUUUAGUUUUUUUAGAACGUGACGUCGAUGACAAAUCUAUCCAGUAGCUAACAUAACCGGUGUGUGUAAAAGAAAAACUAAAAAAUGAAAAUGAUGACAAUAACAAUAACGAUGAUGAUACGUAGACUUUGUAAGUGAUUAAUGAAAGUUUAAUGUUUUAUAUCACUAUAUUCUGGACAAAAACAUGUCUGUGGAUUAAAAAAGAGAAGUCACUAUCAGGGUAGAGACUGGUGUCUUUAAUCGUCACAUUUUUAUGGUAUCCUGCUUGAAAUUAUUUAAUAAAUGAAUAAUUAAUCAA